UUGUAGAGAAAAUAUUAUUAUACAAUGUUGUAUAAUAUUUCUUUAUUAGUUUGUAAUAUAAUUAUUACAUCAAAUUAAUCAACUGUUGUUGCUGUAUACUUUUUUCGAUGUGAACACUCUUGCUUGAGCUUUCACCUCAUUGAUGCUACGCGUGAAGUGGAUGUGUCGGAUUCGAACCGACUAAAACCACUGUUCAUGUAGACUACUGAACAUGGUGUGCCAUAGAAUGAUCUUAAUCUAUUAACUAGUUGUUUUAAUUUUGUUAAUUACUAUGAACCCAUAUUCAAAAAUAUACAUUAGGUAAAGGUAUUGCUUUUAAAAAUCUAAACCGAAAAACUUGCGAAGACACCCUGGUGGAGGACGUUAAUCACUUUGGCUGUGUGGGUAAUACCAUUUCACGACGUUGAUGACUAUUGCUAUGCAACAGGCUAUCACCAUGGAAACGAAACUUUGUUUACAAUACAAGACAAUAUCGUUAUCGACAUUGACAUCUCUAGUCAGAAAAUAAAUAAAAAUUAGAUAAAUUAAUUCUAAUAUAUAUAAUAAAAAUGGCUGAAAGAGCACCCGUGUCCACGGAAGAAACUUUAGUUCGUUAUGACAAUCCUGUGCUAGUCGUUACGAAGAGGAUUGAAAAAGUACAAGUAGCUGGUACUUCUAUACAACCCUGUGUCCCUACAGAAGCAAAGAAAGAAACAGAAGAAAUCCUAAAUGCUAUUUUGCCACCAAAGGAAUGGGAGGAAGAUGGACAAAUAUGGACCCAAAAGAUAUCAUCAACUCCUGCAACUCGGUUGGAUGUGAUAAAUCUUCAAGAAAUGUUGGACACGCGCCUGCAACAGAGGCAAGCCAGAGAGACUGGCAUUUGUCCUGUGCGCAGACAACUAUACACGCAAUGCUUCGAUGAACUUAUACGACAGGUAACAAUAAAUUGUGGCGAAAGAGGUCUCCUACUACUGAGAGUGAGGGAUGAAGCAAGGAUCACGAUGGAAGCUUACCAAACACUCUAUUGUAGUUCCAUUGCCUUUGGCAUGAGGAAAGCUUUACAGUCUGAACAAGGGAAAUCAGACUUAAUGGAUCAAGUGGCAAAGUUGGAAACUGAACGUUCAGCUUUGGAGAAGCAAUGUAUGGAGUUGAAACAGAAGACUGAGCAACUGGAGAGACGCGCGGCUGAGCUACGAGCGGCUGAAGAGAAACGUCACCAAGAAGAGUUGCUUGCCUUGAAGAAGACUAAUGCUCAGCUCAAGGCUCAACUGGAAGGCAUCAUUGCACCAAAGAAGUAAAAGUAUUCAAUUCGUUACUUAUUUUUAAGAUAUUUUUGUUGUUCUUAUUAGAUUAUGAACGUUUAAUUGUGUUUCUUAGAUAUAUUAUAGACUAAAUAAAGUUACAGUUAAUCUA